GGUCAGAAUCGGUCUUCCUCGAAGUCACUCGAAGGCUCCAAGUCGGCACUCACGCUCGCCUAACAAAACCGCCCGUUUUCCAGUGCACGCUGUGUAGAAAGGAACAGGGAGGGCGCCCUUACGAUCUUUCCAUCUGUUACAUUCUACGACAUCACUGCAAGCUCAACACCCCAAGUAAUCAGCUCAGGUAGUAGCACGAUCGACGAUGAAUUACAUUCAGUUAGAGAAACUUGGCGAGGGUACAUACGCCACCGUGUUCAAAGGUCGUUCACGAACGACCAAUGAGAUCGUCGCGCUCAAGGAGAUACAUCUCGACGCAGAGGAAGGAACACCCUCCACCGCCAUCCGUGAGAUCUCCCUCAUGAAAGAGCUCAAGCAUGUCAACAUCGUCCGCCUCCACGAUGUCAUACACACGGAGACAAAACUUGUUCUGAUCUUUGAAUACUGUGAGCAGGAUCUCAAGAAAUAUAUGGACCAGCACGGCGAUCGCGGAGCGCUCGACCCUAUGACCGUGCGAAGUUUCAUGUAUCAGCUCCUCAAGGGCACGUCGUUUUGCCACGAGAACAGAGUCCUACAUAGGGACCUGAAGCCCCAAAACCUUCUUAUAAAUCGCAAGGGGGAGCUGAAGCUUGGUGACUUUGGUCUCGCACGUGCAUUUGGCGUGCCAGUGAACACAUUUUCUAACGAGGUCGUCACAUUAUGGUAUCGUGCACCAGAUGUACUUCUGGGAUCACGUACGUACAACACGUCGAUUGAUGUGUGGUCGUGCGGUUGCAUCUUCGCGGAGAUGAUUUCUGGAGUGCCUCUUUUCCGCGGCCGCGACAACCAGGAUCAGUUACUUCAUAUCAUGCGCAUUGUCGGCACGCCGGACGAUCGAGUUCUGAGGAAGAUAGCGACUGAAUCGCCCGAAAUCACCCUAAAACAAUACCCAAGAUACCCAAAGAUCUCAUUCGCCCAAGUGCUUCCCAAGGCCUCUCCUCAAGCCCUCGACUUGCUUGAACGGCUACUACAAUUUGAUCCCGCAAAGCGUAUAACGGCCACUGAAGCCCUUUCACACCCUUACUUUACCUCCACCGUAAGCCCUGCCUACGGCCCGAGUUCGACUCCUGGGUCGAUGCCACCCCCUCAAUUCAAUUUUCCUCACCCCCAUGCCCACGCACAGCAGCAACAACAGCAGCAGGCUCAGCAGCAGCAACCCCACAAUACAAUCCCUCCACCAGGGUCGUCUCAGAACACAAUAGCCCCAGCGACGGUUUAUCCACACGGUCAGCAGCCCAUGUAUAGCACUCAGGACGCUGCAAGGAUGCAGGCGCAAGUUCAAGCACAGGCACAGGCACAGGCAAUAGCACAAGCUCAGGCACAGGCUCAAGCACAUGCCCAUGCCCAAGCCCAAGCUCAUAUGAAUCAACAGGUCGCACCGGGAUACCCUGCUGGGUUUCCUGCACAGUAUCAGCAACAUGCACGCUAGUGCACUCUAGCUUGUGGGAUUCGUCGUAUUUGGCACAAAGCGUUCUGGUGGUCUAGAAGGAUUUGUUAUUUGAUGUUUCGCCACGUUUUUUCCAGGCAUUGUUCCUGUUUUAUGUAUCAAGCCCUCUGGGACGGAAGAAUGUUGUAAUCAUUAGUGUUGUAACGCAGAUUGCGCCUGUAAUCGAUUCGAAGCAUCCCUUCACGUUUCAUCCACGGGAGGAGUUAACGUUUUAA